AUGGGUCAGGCCCAGAUGGCCAUCGCGUUCCGUCAAGAGCUCGUGUUCGCGGAGCUUCAGCUUCUCGAGUCUUCGCGUAAGCGGAGCUUCAGCUUCUCGAGUCUUCGCGUUCGCGGUCAGCUACGAACAACGAUAAAAUCGCAAGUACUCGCCGACUUCGUCAUUGACUUCAGCGCAAAAGUAAUGCCUGAGGUUGAGCAGGAAGCCUCCCGUACCUCCCCCAAGUUAUCCGACUUAUGGGUUCUGUACACCGAUGGGGCCUCCAACGUAUUAGGAUCUGGACAAGGACUCGUGUUCGAGGAUGGAGUGCUCCCACCCGAUAAAAAAGAAGCCAAGGAGCUUCGAAUGAAGGCGGCCCGAUACAACAUCAUCAACCAUGACCUGUACAAAAGAACGUUUGGUAGUCCCUUGGCAAAGUGGCUAGAACCAAACCAAACUAGGCGCAUCCUCGAAGAAGUACAUGAAGGCCACUGUGGAGGCCAUAAUGGGAUUGUUCACAAUGAGCCAAAGUGA